UUUGCUUUCAUUCUUUAACUAAGUUGAAAGAAGAAGAGUUCUCUGAAACAAACAUCUCUUCACAAUGAAGCUCUCUUCUUCUUCUUCUUCUAUUAGUUACUGUUCUUCAACCUUACUGUUACCGAUAUCUCUUCUUUGUUUUGUGCUUUUUGGCACUACGAAAGCUUUAAUAAAGAUACCACCAAAUGAAACAUUUCCAGCAGUUCUGGUGUUUGGAGACUCCAUAGUUGAUACAGGCAAUAACAACAAUCUCCGGACAAUUGUUAAGUGUGAUUUCCGUCCUUAUGGACAAGAUUUUAAGGGAGGAAUUCCAACAGGAAGGUUUUGCAAUGGAAAAGUUCCUCCUGACUUUUUAGCGCAAGAACUGGGAAUUAAAGAGGUUGUGCCGGCUUACUUGGAUCCAAAUUUGUCAUCUUCAGAUCUCCCCACCGGCGUCUGCUUUGCUUCGGGUGGUUCAGGAUAUGACCCUUUGACACCCAAAUUAGUGUCAGUUAUAUCACUAUCAGAACAAUUGCAACACUUCCAAGAAUACAUAACCAAGUUGAAAGGACUAGUUGGAGAAGAUAAAACAAACUUCAUAUUGGCAAACAGUAUAUUUCUGGUAGUGGCUGGCAGCGAUGACAUCGCAAAUACUUAUUUUACUCUCCGUGUUAGGAAAGCUCUAUAUGAUGUUUCAGCUUAUUCCGACCUUAUGGCUAACUCAGCUUCCGAUUUUGUCAAACAACUUUACGCAUUGGGGGCACGAAGAAUUGCUGUUUUCGGUGCACCGCCAAUCGGAUGUGUGCCAGCACAAAGAACUUUGGCAGGGGGAAAUGGUAGAGAGUGUGCAAAUGAUUUCAACCAAGCAGCACUUUUAUUCAACAAAAAACUUUCUGCAAAACUGGAUUCCAUCAAAACCAAAAUGCCCAACAACAGAGCUGUCUAUAUAGAUGUUUAUGACCCCCUACUCGAUCUCAUUCAAAACCCUCAACAACAUGGGUUUGAGAUUUCGGAUAAAGGAUGCUGUGGCACGGGUAAUAUAGAGGUGGCAGAAUUAUGUAACCGGUUUACUUCAUCCGUUUGUUCAAAUGCGUCUAGUUAUGUAUUCUGGGACAGUUACCAUCCCACAGAAAGAGCAUACAAGGUCCUCACCACGUCAAUCCUCCAGAAAUAUAUUAACGCCUUCUAUUGAGGCAAUUUACUUGAAUACAUCCUUUAACCAGUAGCAAAUGGCUUAUGAAUACAAUGUUUUUGGUGAAAUUAAUCAACUCU